CUCUGGUUCGUCAACCACCGUAAACAUUUCCAUGGCCAAUUAAGCUUUUCUUAACUUGCCAUAUUUUCAUCAUGCCGAUUGUCGAAAUACUGUCUCUAGUACUGGGGACCGGCAUCACGUCGGCAUUCCUGCCUGACGUUGCUAAGAAACUCGUUCAAGUCGGUCGGAAGCUGAGAUCACGAGACCCGGAGAUCAACCUAAAGGUCCAACAGCUGGAAAGAAGACUGCUGAAACUCCAAUCCCAUGUCGACGAUGCCGACAACCAGGCUUCAAUCUCCAAUGCCUAUCAGAUCAUAAUCGAAGAUUUCAAGAAUGUUCUUCUGGAUGCAGAUGAUCUGCUGGAUAAGACUCUUCUGGAAUAUGAGAGGAUAUACUCUCAGCAACUGAGGCCAGCCAAGUUGGACAAGGAUUUGAAAGCCUUUGAGGGAAAGCUCGGGAAAGAGGUCGGAGCGAUGGUGGAUCAGGUGAAUGGUUUAGCUCUCGAAAUGGAGGGUUACACUAUCUCCGAACUAAGCCAACCCAGGCCUGCUCAUACAUUUUCAGCUCCUCCUCCUCAGAGUCACAGAGGUUCUAUGGUUGAUGAGCGCUCUGUAGUUGGGAGGACAAAGGAUAGGCUGCAAGUCCUGGAGUUGGUGUCUAAGCAGAGGGACAAGACAGCAGUUUCUGUGGUUUCAAUAGUGGGUUUGGUUGGGAUUGGGAAGACAACACUUGCGCAGCUGGGUUUCAAUGACCAAGAGGUUGUUAAGGAGUUUGGGGCCAAAAGAAUGUGGUGGGUCAGUGUUGGUUUCGGCGAUGAUGUGCUCAAGAUCACCAAGUCCAUAUGUGAAGCCACUACGAAGACAGUUCCGGAUCCCAGCAUUGCGCAGUUGUCGACUCUCGACUCUGUUCAGCUCAAAUUGAAGGAGACUGUAGGGGAAAAGGACAAGUUUUUGCUCGUGCUAGAUGGCAUGUGUGAUGAGAAUCCCAUUAAUUGGGAUGCCUUGACAUUGCCAUUUAGAUUUGCAGCACCCGGGAGCGUAAUUGUGGUAACUACUCGGAGCCAUGUUGUUUCAUCCAUUGUUGCUGAUCAUAGCAGUACAUAUUGCUUGGGUGGUUUGUCAGAUAAACAUUGUCUUGAUAUUAUCAAUAAAAGCUUGAUGAAAUCAAGUCUUAGUGAGGAGAGUGGGGUAAACAUAGCAGAGAAGUGUAAAGGUGUUCCAUUGGUGGCGAAGUUGAUCGGGAGUGUCAUGCGUCUCAAAUCGAAAGAGAUGGAGUUGGAUGAGAUUCUAAGAUGUGAGCUGUGGAAUUUGGCAGAAGAUAAGAAUCUGAUCUAUCCAGUGCUAAAACGAAGUUAUGAUCAUUUGCCAGCUUAUCUGAAGAGAUGUUUUGCGUAUUCUUCUCUUCUGCCUCGCAAUCGUCCCUUCCAAAGGGAUGAUUUGAUCCAACUAUGGGCAGCUGAAGGCUUCAUUCAAGCCCGAGGAACAAGAAGAAUUGAAGAUAUUGGAAUAGAGUACUUCGAUGAGUUGUGCUCAAGGUCCUUUUUUCAAGUUUCAUCAGAGAAACCCUGUGAAGGAAAGUAUGAAAUGCAUGGCUUCAUUCAUGACUUGGCGAAAAUAGUUUCAACCAACUUAUGCUUUUCUUCUGAGGAUACAAGGCCACAAGUCUUGCCCAUAUCGACAAAUAUCCGGCAUUCCUCGAUUUGUCAUGAACAAGUUGAAUCAGGUCUGUUCGAAGAGUUUUACAGGUAUGAGAAGUUAAGGACUUUUAUGUUGCUCUCUAAGUACCCACACAAGCUUUUAAGUGUUCCUGUUGAUUUCUUUCGGAAGUUUCCAUGCUUAAGAGUGUUAAAUUUGAGUGGUACUCGCAUCUCUAAAUUGUCUGGAGAUAUUAAAAUGUUGAGACAUCUUCGUCACCUCAAUGUUAGCGGUACCUUGAUAAUAAAGUUCCCACAGGAGAUAGAUCAAUUAAAUGGGUUAGAGAGACUCAAUGUCAAAAAUUGUUCCAACCUUGAGGAGCUGCCUGAGAACUUAAACAAGUUGAUCAAGCUACGGCACAUGGACCUUGAGAAACUUGGUAAAGUCAAUUCCAUGCCUGUUGAUGUUGGGAAGUUGACUAGUCUUGAAACCCUCACUGUUUUUGUAGUGGGAAGUGAACGGGGUAAAACAAUAGAGGAGCUAAAAGAGAUGAGAUGCCUCCGUGGAUCAAUUUGCAUUAAAAAGCUUGAGAAGGUGAAAACUAUCCAAGAAGCUAAGGCUGCUAAGUUACAAGAAAAGCAAUACUUGGAGGAAUUGGAGCUGCGAUGGGAAGCUAAUAGAUCCAACACAGUCGAUCAAGCAGUUCUUGAGGGCCUCGAACCUCAUCCAAGCGUGCUAAAGUUACAAAUUAUAGGUUACUGUGGUUCAAAAUUUCCAGAUUGGAUGAGUAACCCUUUGUUUUGCAAGCUUGUGACCAUGAAUCUAAGAAAGUGCGGAUCUUGUACACUCCUCCCUUCACUAGGGGGACUUCAUCUUCUCAAACAUCUUGUCAUUGAAGAAAUGAAAAGUUUGGUAACUGUGGAUAGUCCGUUUUUUCAAUCAGAUGGUGGGCAAGAGGGUUUUCCAUCUUUGGAAACUCUAAAGUUUAGUGAAAUGCCUGCAUUGCGUACUUGGGGAGGAAUGGAAGCAUCUGACAUGCCUCGCCUUAGAAAGCUUACCAUUAUAGCUUGCAAGGAAUUUCGCAACCUACCUCCAUUGUACUACUUAGCUGCUCUUGAGGAGUUAGAAAUCGAUGGUUGCCCUAAGCUUCAAUCAUUUCCGGGGAGAGGACUACCAAGAUCACUCAAAAGGUUGAUCAUUUCAGAAAGUGAGAUAUUGAAGCAAAAGUACUGUAGGGUGAAUAAAGGUGAUUGGGGUAUGAUUAGAGGGGUUAGCCACAUAGAAACCGAGGAUGGGAGAAUUCAACCGUAAUGUUCAGGUUGUAAGAGAACCAUCAGACAGGAUCUUUAUAAUAAUGUUGCAUCAACGCUUGGUUUGGGAAGCAUGAGGCUCAGACACUUGCAAAAGAAGUUCAGAUGAACCCAUGUUGGCAAUGCGCAGAACUGCAGAUUGAUGUGUAUUGCAUCUCUUCAAUGGCUUUGAAGUUUCUCCAUAAUUUAUGAUGGUUGUGCUUUCAAAAAACAGGUGUUUCAUUUCAUUCCGGAUAUCUGUCUUCCAUUAAUAAGUGUCAUGAAUAUUUUCUGUUAUGUUAUUUCUAUUUUGUGGUUGUAAUGUUUGUGUCAUUGGUCUUGUUGAACUACAAAUGGUAUUACUUCUGUACCCCUUUAUUACGAUUAUCAUAAUAAUAGACAAAUCCAUGAUUCUUAUUUUUA